AUGUCAGCCAUGAAUGCGAUGGCAAUGCAGUCAUCGGUGGUGCCGAUGAAUGGGUUCCAGUCGUCGCCAACGGUUCCGUUGAGUCGACUCAUCGAGUUUGCCAUUCAGAGGACUUACCACGAGUUGAGUGUUUUGGCGGAUCUGUUGCCACGAAAGACAGAUAUGGAGCGCAAGAUAGAGAUCGUGUCGUUCGCGAGUCGGACGCGACAACUGUUUGUCCGGAUGUUAGCUUUGGUCAAAUGGGCCGGAAGUGCCUCCAAAGUGGACAAAUGCGCCACAAUUGUCCAGUUCCUCGACAGACAGUCGGAUCUGUUCGUCGAGACGGCAGACAUAUUGGCGAAGAUGUCGAGAGAGACGUUAGUGUCGGCCCGACUGCCGAGCUUUCAGUUGCCGUCAGCCGUCGAAGUGAUGACUUUAGGCACGUAUUCACGGCUCCCGACUGUCAUCCGCGACCGCAUCGUACCUCCCGAUCCCAUCACUGCCACCGACCGAAAGGCAACACUCCUUCGACUCAAUCAUAUAAUACAACAACGAUUGGUCACAACAGCCCUCCCCUCGCAGAUGAAGCACUUGAAGGUCGAGUCCGGACGCGUUGUCUUUGAGGUGGAGCACGAGUUUGAACUCUCGCUGACACUCAUGGGAGACAUACCGUCCCUCCCGUGGAGAGUAUUGAAUGUGAAGAUUCUGGUUGAGGACAAAGAGACGGGUAGUGGCAAAGAUCUGGUCCAUCCCUUGCAGAUCAUGUUUUUGCAACAUUUGGUUCAAUCGAGACUUACAGACAACUCGAGGCCAUUGAUUGAUGCCUACAAUACUCUGCACUCGUUUUGCUUAAGUCUUCAGUUGGAAGUACUCCAGACUCAAGCCAUCCGCUUAUGCCACGAAAGGUUAGACGACUUCAUUCAUAUCGUUGAAUACUCGCCGGGAAACCGAUUAAUGCUAUCGUAUUGGAGAGAAUGCCAUCGCGAAGACAAAGGCUUCAAACUGUGUGUCCAAAUAGAUUCAGCCCAACCCUCACGUCCUCUUCAAGUGAUUCAUUUGCCAGAACUCGAGUCCAAAGACGCUCUCCAGACAUACGAAGCCAUAAAAUCAGACUAUUUUUCGAUCGAAAAAAUUUUGAUUCAAACCACUUAUGAAAGAGCGAAACAACGACUCAUUAGUUUGAAGAAAGAGUUGGACGACAAGAGUGUCGGACAUUCACUGCUAUCCGGCUCUCCGUCUGUACUUCACGUGUCUUUCCUUCAGCCGUGUAUGACAUCCGAGCGGCUGUUGAUAUCAGUGGAUACACUGACGGGUAGUUUUCUGGUACACAUCCCUCAGUUCGAGGACUGUUCUCUUGUCGAUGAAAUACAGAACGUUAUCAACAAAAGUGUAGCAAAAGUUGUGCCCCUUUUCCGACAGUUAAGGAUUUGGAUGACAUGUCAGAGGUGUCGGAAGACCGUUGAAUCACUGCCAGUGCAUGUCGUGGAAAGCCUUCCAUUUCCCACAUCAUAUUCUCACCCAUUUAUGGACUUAAAGUCACCGAAACUUUAUUAUCGAUUUGGUAAACAUUAUAAUAACUGUUUGGUUACUGUUUUCGGUGAAAAGGAAUCUACAAAUGAAAUAGAAAUCGAUUACUAUUUGCUGUAUGUCUCACAAACAUCUGCCACUACUGUUGAGUCGAGCACUCAGUUUGAUGUGGAGCUACCGAAGCCUUAUCUGCAAAUAACGAAAGCCUUAAAACUAGACAUUUGCAACAUUUUGAGACAAUCGUUCUCUUCGGAAGACAUUUGUGAUAAAAACGGCAAACGGAAGAUGUGUUUAAGCAAUACUAAUGAGUCCAACAAAAUACCGCGCAAUGGGACCACUGGCUACUACAUCCCUGAGUUGGCACAUGUAGUCAGCUUUUGUGAGGAGAAGUUAGCCUACAGUUCGCUCUCAAGUGAACUACAGAAGCGGUCCAUAUGUCAUCAGGUGCUACAAGACUCUGACGGUUACACACAUUUCAUAGAUAUCGUCAAGUUUUCGCAGUGUUUCUCACAAUCAAACGGUGAGUCCUAUUGCGACAAACUUCAGGCCGACACUCUUAGCUCGACGAUUAGACUUCAGGGAAAGGGAUCUAAGAUAUGGAACGUUGUGCUCGCCUUCUGUAAUCCCCCGCUUCAGAGUCUUGCGGCCAAAGAGCACGGCUCACGACGUCUGCUAAGCCUUCCCUACGAUUAUGCGAGUGGUUCACAGACUCUCAUCAGCAAAAUGGUCGAUGAAUUACUCAGUGACUGGUCAGCCAUUGCUAGACUAUAUGAAGUGAUCAAAAAUUUUGCCGCAGAUCUCCAGUAUAAUAACCAAUUGACUGCUUUGCUUGACAUCAAAUCGUUUACUUAUAAGAAGAUUAUUAUAGGCUAUGGAAACAAUAAGACAUUCAUUGUAUCAAUAUAUUGGAAAUCAAGUGAAAAGAGAUUCCAACUGUGCUUUGGAUGUGUUGGUCAGGCGUUGUCUGAUUCUAACCCACAUGUCCUCAUUUGCUCUCAACUUCAAUAUGAGUUCAAUCAACACUUUUCCAUUGUUCAGUUGAUUCAAGUAUUGAAUUAUACUUUGAAUCCAUUGCUAACAAUUCAAUGUUUGAGUGGAAUUCCAUUGCUUGGAGUCGUUAACAGUAGGCCUCAACUACCGGUUCAGGCAUUUUGUGUUAUUCCUCAGUCUUCGACACACAUUCGUAUUAUAUACAGAAAUACGUAUUGUUUGGAUGUUAUCAUAUACUCAGACAACACAAUAGCCAUACGUGACGGCGCUUUCAGUCUUUUCGAAAAAACCAAAGUUAUGGAAGAGUUGACACCAAUUCAGGGAUUAAAGGCAUUUUUGGGUAAAUUUGUUGAUAAGACGACACAAAUGAGACGAUUAUCUCAGACCGAAGACGACAACCCGCCCUCUCCUAUGCCUCAAAUAGAAUCCGUCGAAUCCUAUCUGUACUCAACUUCUCAGAUGAAGACGUCGUCGCCAUCUAAAGGUGUCAACGAUGGCAACACUUCCAUGGCUUCCAAUCGAUCCAUAGCGCAUCAAAUGCCGUCAUCGGCUCAGGGAUCUAACCCUCACACGCCUACUUCACCCCACCCUACUUCAGUGCUAUCGCAAUCUGGAUUCACCUCAUCUCCCGGUGCUUUUCCAUUGGCUUCUCCACCCUCUCACAGUAUGUCCGGACACGGAGUGAGCUCUUCAUCCAAUCAAGUGGUCCCUUCGCCCUCAAUGCCUGUUCCCGAUCAGUCACCGGCUAAUAUAUUCGGUGUCAACUCGCCUAUGAACCCAUUGCACGCGCCCUCCCCUUCAUUCCUGCCAACGCCCUCCCCUUCCAAUCAGUUCCACUCUCAGUCACCCGCCUCUCAAUUCCUUCCGAGUAAUGCCUCACAAACAGCGAUAGACAACUCCAUCGGAUCUCCAUUUACGGCACCAAAUAUGCCGGCGUCUAAUCUCUCGAUGCCAUCGCCAGCACCUAAUGCAUGGCCGGGCAGUCCCUCACUUCCUCGUCCCUCUCCCCGUUCGAUCGGUCCCUCACAAAGUCCGGGCAUAAGUCAGGCCCACCUCUUGUCUAAUAUUAAUAGUCCGCAGACUAUGUCCGGUCCUCCACACCACUCGGCAAAUAUGCUUCAAAACACAGCUAACCCUCAAAUGGUUUCAACCCGAAUGUUGCCUCAGAGGGCGUGGGCCGCAGCCAUCCCUACUCUCCUCACACACCAGGGCUUCGAUAUAAUGUGCAGAUCUAACCAAAACCUCGACAAUAUACCCAUUCCUCCCAAUAAUAACAGCGUUUACUAUGCGUUGUCACAACUCGAGAGGUUUCUCGGAUGCGUUUACAUGAGACGUAACCUUCAAAAAGCUGUCUCUCAAGACAACAAUUUCCACAUUGCACAGACAUUUGAGUUCGGAGUGAUUCAGUUUAAAAACGAUUCCAUGCAAUUCAAAAUCAGUUUAGACAUCGCUUCCAUGCAGGUAGUGGUCAACUCGCUGCACAUAAAGAUCGCACCGUUGCCUGAAUUCAGUCACUGGGCCCGAGAAGAACUCGAAAUAUUGCAACAGUUUUUCGAGACUAAAGUUGUUUGCGCACCAUUUAAACCAAACGCAUUUCUGGCGUACAAUCGCAUCCUUAACGCUCCCAUGAAAAUACUGAAGGAUUGCAUUCAGUUAAUGCGAUUGGAAAUGGGUAAUCUGUCUUUUUAUGAACAGUUUCCCGACAGAACACUCAAGUGGUCGUUACAAUGGUGUCUCACUAUCCCUCCGGCGGCCCCUUCUAUUGGUCCGCCGGGAAUGUCAGCCUGUCUUAUGUUCAAAAACAAAAUGCUUAUAUUUAUACAAUUCACUCGAAUGCAAAUACCCGGCCAUCCAAUCAAUGCCGAACCCCUGUCUAUAAUCGUUCCCUUUAUUUACGACAUGAGUACCCAUAACAUACAAGUGGCCGGUUUUGGACGUGAAAACACUUAUUCUCAAUCACCGGCGCUCACUGUCAUCAACAAUAUGUUGAAACGAUUUGCAGAAUACACGGCAACCGGUACCGAUUGUCCCAUAUAUCUGGCUAUUCGUGAGAUUAUGAACAAUCUUCAGAUUCCGUAGCCGUUUCCCAUUGCAUCCAAUUGUUUCAAUGAAUUAAUUUUAAUUGAUUUGUACUAUAAUUCUGUUCAUUGUUUCGAUUAAUUAUUUAACUUAUUUUUCUGAUAAAUAGAGAG